AAAGUCCAACCCCCACGGUUUUCAUUUCAGGAAGGAGCAGACCUAAACCAGCAACGUUGUAUCCACCGCCACUGGCUCAAUGCCUUUAACGUUACAGCGUUGAUGAAAUAUUUCGUAACGUCUGCUUAAGUGAGCCAAAUCACAUUUUCUAUGUAGUCGACGGCCGUCCGGACCUACUGUCUAUCCCGGUUUGAGACCACGAAAUAUGGACUGGACAGUGAGCAGUCGGGCCCUGGUGUGGUGCAUCUUGGCGUUGCUUUGCUGCGCUGGUCUCCCACAAAAGGGGUUUUGCAGUGCAGGCACAGUUUCCCUUCCUGAAAGCCUGCUCUUUGUGUCCACCUUGGAUGGAAACCUGCAUGCCGUUAGCAAGAAAUCAGGCUCUAUCAAAUGGACUCUGAAAGAAGAUCCAGUUCUUCAAGUCCCCACACAUGUUGCAGAGCCAGCUUUUCUGCCUGACCCAAAUGAUGGCAGCCUGUACUCUCUGGGAGGAAAGAACAACGAAGGCCUCACAAAAUUACCAUUCACUAUCCCUGAGUUGGUCCAAGCCUCUCCCUGUCGCAGUUCUGAUGGAAUCCUUUACACAGGUAAGAAGCAGGACUUGUGGUAUGUGGUGGACCUGUUGACUGGUGAGAAACAGCAGACCCUGACGUCCUCUUUUGCUGAGAUGCUGUGUCCCUCUUCAUCUCUUCUUUAUCUGGGACGCACAGAAUAUACCAUCACCAUGUAUGACACCAAGAGCAGAGAGCUGCGCUGGAAUGCCACCUAUUCUGACUACGCCUCCACACUUCCGGAUGAUGACACCAAAUACAAAAUGGCUCAUUUUGUUUCCAACGGCGAUGGCCUCGUGGUGACUGUGGACAGCGAAUCUGGUGAUGUCCAGUGGGUUCAGAACUACAACUCUCCGGUGGUGGCCAUGUACAUCUGGCAGCGCGAGGGCCUCCGCAAAGUUCCCCAUACUAAUGUGGCUGUGGAAACCCUGCGUUACCUCACUUUCAUGUCUGGAGAGGUUGGCCGCAUUACCCAGUGGAAAUACCCAUUUCCCAAAGAGAAGAAACCCAAGAAUAAGUUCAUGGCCACUUUGUAUGUGGGAAAAUACUCCACCAGUCUGUAUGCCUCUCCCUCCCUGGUACAUGAUGGAGUCACUGUGGUGCCUCGUGGCAGUACCUUUCCCAUGCUGGAGGGCCCUGAUAGCCAGGAGACUGAAGAGGACAAGGAAUGUGUCAUCACACCCAGCACCAGUGUCAAGUUCAACUCAGCACUUCGGGAGCAGAACCGUAUCAAUUUCAUGAGGAACUACCUGCUCCUAAUAGGUCAUCAUGAGACGCCUCCUGAAGCUCACACCAAGAUCCUGGAGAAGUUCCCUGACAACUUCCCUCGCAAUCAAGGCAAUGUCAUCCCACCUACCACUGACAAGAAAGUAGACGAGAAGGUGAAUGACAGUGGUAUGGAUGACGGCCCCCCUUCUCCUCUGCCUGAGACAUCAAUCCAGGAACCUGGAGCCAGUGGGCGCACUGCGCGUCUAGAAGCUCCUGUGGACUCGAUGCUCAAAGACAUGGCCACAAUCAUCUUCUCCACGUUCCUGCUGGCUGGAUGGGUGGCAUUUGUGAUUACAUACCCCAAAAGUGUGCAUAAGCAGCAGCAGCUGCAGCAUCAGGAGUUCCAGAGACAGAUGGAGGAGAGGUUGGAGCUACUCCAGAGGCAGCAGCCGUUUCCCACUGCAGACGGGGGCUUGGGCUUGGCCCCAGACAACGACUACCUGGAGGUGGCCCACACUCGUUCCGAAUGCUCAGACCACAGCAGCCCCAACGUCACCCCCCGCGCUUCCAACCACUCCAAUCUGUCCGUGUCUGAGUUGGGCAGUUCGGCCAAUGAACACGAAGAUGGAGAGGAGGACUCCAGUGUUGUCCGAGUGGGCAACAUAACUUUCCAUCCCAAAGAAGUCUUGGGUCACGGUGCUGAGGGCACCAUUGUGUACAAGGGUCAGUUUGACAACCGUCCAGUGGCAGUGAAGAGAAUUCUCCCAGAGUGCUUCAGCUUUGCGGACAGAGAAGUUCAGUUGCUGAGGGAGUCAGACGAGCACCCGAACGUCAUCCGCUACUUCUGCACUGAGCGGGACCGUCAGUUCCAGUACAUCGCCAUUGAGCUGUGUGCUGCCUCACUUCAGGAGUAUGUGGAGAAGAAAGAUUUUAACCGUCAUGGAUUAGAGCCAGUCAUGCUGCUGCAGCAGACCAUGUCAGGACUGGCUCAUCUGCACUCUCUCAACAUAGUCCACAGAGACCUGAAACCCCACAACAUCCUGGUAUCUAUGCCCAAUGCUCAUGGUCGGGUCCGGGCCAUGAUUUCAGACUUUGGCUUGUGUAAGAAGCUAGCAGUGGGCCGCCACAGUUUCAGUAGAAGGUCUGGGGUGCCAGGCACUGAGGGCUGGAUCGCUCCUGAGGUUCUCAGUGAGGACUGCAAAGAUAACCCGACCUGCGCUGUUGAUAUCUUCUCUGCUGGUUGUGUGUUUUACUAUGUGGUGUCUCAGGGAAGCCACCCUUAUGGCAAGUCUCUGCAGAGGCAAGCAAACAUCCUACUGGGCACCUACAGCCUCGAUCAUCUGCAAGCUGACAAACAUGGGGACAUUGUAGCCAGAGAUCUAAUAGAGCAGAUGCUGAGCAUGGAGCCUCACCGGAGACCUUCAGCUGAGAGUGUCCUCAAACACCCUUUCUUCUGGAGCCUGGAGAAGGAGCUGCAGUUUUUUCAGGAUGUAAGCGACAGAAUAGAGAAGGAACCGCUGGACGGACCAAUCGUGAGACAGCUGGAGAGAGGGGGGAGGGCUGUUGUCAAGGGUGACUGGAGAGAGCAUAUUACAGUGCCACUGCAGACAGAUUUGCGGAAAUUUCGCUCCUAUAAGGGAGGGUCGGUCAGAGAUCUGUUGCGUGCAAUGAGAAACAAGAAACAUCAUUACCGAGAGUUGCCUGCUGAGGUCCAGGAGACCCUGGGCUCUGUCCCUGAUGACUUUGUCUCCUACUUCACCUCCCGCUUCCCCCACCUGCUGAUGCACACCUACCUGGCCAUGCGGACCUGUGCACCUGAGAGGCCAUUCUUGCCUUACUACUCUACUGCAGAGCAGCCUGCAAAAACACAGGCCCAGAACACACAUCCAGGGCCACAAAGACAAAAUGAGCCAUGCACUCAACACCCAACCACCCUCCUCACAACCCCAGGAUCUACACAUUCAUCACAGCCGGUGCAUGUCUGUCACACGACACCUGCUGAAUCAGUGCCCUCUACAUCACCAGACGAGCCUGUAGCUUUACAUUUGCCAGUUCAGACAGUGCAGCCAGAAGCGCCAGCUCUGUCCACACAGACUGACUUGCACAGUCAAGCAUUGACCCCCACAUUUUCCCCAGAAUCACCUACAGUUCCUCUCAGGCAAAGAGAAUCCAUUCAGUCUGAAAUGCACACGCUGCCAAAUCCUCCUACACUGGACAACGAACCGGUGUGAACUAGACCAGAGUCAGGUGGACCCAGCACAGACGGGAGCAUUGCCUUAAAGAGCGGAUGCCAAGUGGGACUGUGGUUGCUGAGCUUUGAGCUGGUGAGGACCAGGCCUGCAGUGCCUGGGAUCCACUGCCAGGCGCAGCAGCUACACCCCAGAUUAAGUGCCUUCUGCUCACCAGGGUUAUAAUGUUCCCCAACAGAACCGUCCACAGGUCUGUCUCUGCCCAGAGGAAGUCAGACAUCCAUGAGGGUGUUGGUGGACAUUUUUUUCUUGUAGCUGAACUGAGCAAAGAAAGUUUUUAUUAUUUUGUAACGGCAUGUCCAAAAAAGUGUUUGUCCCAAAACAUAACUAGGCUCUAUUGUGGGAAACGUGGAUAUUGUUGAACAUGUGGGUAGUUUCAUUGUGCAAUGUUGUAUUUCUGAGCGAGCCUGUUCACUGCACAGAUACUGUAUGUAUAUUUUUGUAUAGAUUGAUUCAGAAUUUGGAUCAUUAAUGAGAAAUCAUUUAAUGUGGCCGAUGUGCCUUUUUAAAAAAAUAUCACUGUGCUGUAUGGGUACAGAUCUUUAAAAUCGACUAUGCUAAAUGUGCUUGAUUCCAGUUAAUGCUGCUAGAUUGCUUCUCCUUUGUCAAUCAAGACUAUUGUGCUGACUCAGUAAGAGUGGACUGUUCCAAAGGGUGUUCAGGGUGGCAUCUGAAUACAGUAGGUAACUUCAUUUUCAUGUGAUUAUGUAGUCAAAUAUGAGUUUAAAGUUCAGGCUGCAGAAUGCUCAUGUAUAAUAACUUUCAAGGGUGUCAAAGUGAAGUUAAUGACAUGCACAUUAAAUUCUAUUUUUUUUAUACUAA